AUCCUGCCGUACUUCUCCUGCCCGCUGGCUGGGGCAGAUGUGGUUCGGCAGACGCCGCAGGGGGCGGCGCCGCCCCCGCUGACGGAGCCCUUUGAGAAAAUGACCCCAGAGGAGAAGAUGGCCGUGGAGCUCAACACCACGGACACGUUCACCUUCCUUUUCUGGACCAACCGGUCGGACUUCCUCCGAUGGGAGCUGGUCAAUCUGCCACUAGGGCUGGGGGACAAGAUGGACGUGUUCCAUGGCCCACAGCCCAUCAACUUUGUU